AAUGAGCGGCCGGUUCGUUAGGUUGAACAGAGACGGAGAUGCUGUUGGUGUGACCGGCGGCGGAUGAACCGGAGUGUGUUGGUGUGAAACAGAGAAGACGGUCAGUGAGUCUCCGGUGGUCGCUCCGGUCCUCAGCGGUCAGUCUGAAACUUUUACCCGGAUCAUGGUUCAACACACGGAACAUGGCGGACCGAGGAUUCACAGCGGGUCCCGGGAGGCGGCGGACACGGAGGACAGCGAGCUGCUGGCGGCCUCGGUGUGCGGCCCCGUGCCGCAGAAGGCGGACUGGUGUAAAACGGCCUCCGGUCACAUUAAACGGCCGAUGAACGCCUUCAUGGUCUGGUCUAAGAUCGAGAGGCGGAAGAUCAUGGAGCAGUCACCGGACAUGCACAACGCCGAGAUCUCCAAACGGCUCGGGAAGCGGUGGAAGAUGUUAAAGGACACCGAGAAGAUCCCGUUCAUCCGGGAAGCGGAGCGGCUCCGGCUCAAGCACAUGGCGGACUACCCGGACUACAAGUACCGGCCCAAGAAAAAGCCCAAGACGGACGGCUGCGCGUUUCCUACCGGGAAACUAGCGGCUCAGUCCCCGGAGAAAACCUCCGUCAGGCCGGUUUAUAAGAAGAAUCUCUCCAAGUUGAAACCCAGUAAACCGGUAACGGGUUCGGGCCGAGCCAUCAGCCUCCUCCCGCAACACCAGCACCCGGACCACCGGUACCGGUACGUGUUAACCACCAGCUUCAAACCCAACAAGUUCGGUAAACGGGACUUUACCGACGACGAGGAGGAAGAGGACGAUGAUGAUGAAGAUGAUGAUGAAGGCGACUCGGAGGAGGAGCGGGGGUUUAAACUGGAGGAGGAGGACGAGCCGUCCCGGUACAGCCUGGGUCUGAGCUCCGCCGCUGCCGAACCGGAGGGAACCGGCAUGUACGAGUCGUCCGGUCGGCUUUUCUACAGCUUUAAGAACAUCACCCGGCAGGGCACCGGGACCGGCACCGGGACCGGGAGCGGCUCCUACCCGGCCUCCCUCUCACCCGCAUCCUCGUCCCGGUCCUCCUCCUCCUGCUGCGGGGAGGACCUGGACGACCUCCCGGCGGAGGGCACCGACUUCACCCUCAGCCUCCUGGCCGGCCUGCACGCCUCCUCUGAGCCGUGGAGCUCAUCGUCCAGCUCGGCCCCGGGGAACCUGGGUCUGUCCCUGGUGGACCUGGACCUGGACUCCUGCGGGUCUGAGCGCACCCUCGGGUCCCACUUCGACUUCCCGGAUCACUGCACCCCGGAGCUCAGCGAGAUGAUCGCCGGAAACUGGCUGGAGGUCAACUUCUCUGACCUGGUGUUCACCUACUGACCCCCCGAGAUGGACUCCAGGCCCGGGAGGGUCCUCAUCCUUCAGCCGGCUCAUGAGCCCCGGAGCCGAUCAGGGAGCGACAGGGUGACGGGCCUGCUGCUGCUCGGGAUCAGUGUGCGGGGAGCGGCUGGAAACACACACACACACACACACACACACACACACACACACACACACACACUGUGGUGCAGGAAACCACCUCAGCAGGUUUUAUGGAUUCAGUUUUUGUUUUGCGGAUCAGAAACUGAUCCGGUCUAUGCAGACUGACCUCUAAUGACCUCAGAUAUCAGGACGGACACCGCCGUCCUUCCAGCUCCACCUGGACUCCUCUUAGACUCACCUGCACCCCUUUUGGACUCCUCCUGUAGGACUGUUUUAUGUGACUCAGUUUUUUAUUUGCUGUCUGAUGUUAAGCUCCGCCUCCUUCGGGAGGAAACAGGAAACCUUAUUUUGAUAAGAACACACAUACCUCAUCUUUUUUAAGGAGUAAAGAUAUUUUCAGGAUUAUUUUUGUACAGUCGGAUUUUCAGGCACUUGUUGUGAAUAUAAUAAGUAAUCUGAGUUAUGAACAUGUGACUGACCUGCUGUUGUUUUAAACGUGUUCAGACAGGAAGUCAGACCUUUAUUGUGAAAGGGAGGAAGUUGUAUAUGUUGUGUAAAAUAGUUAAAGUUGGAUUUUCUGUUACAUGUUUUAUUUUCGGCACGUUUGUUUUUCUCAUCAUUUUGGUGCAAUAUAAAGAAAAGUGAAAAAUUAAAGGACCAAAAGAU